AUGUUGACUCGAAUCUUUCGGCGAGGUCUGAGCGUCCAUCCUCACCAACGACUGGGGUCAAUCAUCGCUCGAAAAGGUAUACAUGACCUCGUCACAGCCAAACGAUUAUGGGGCAAUCGAAUGGUUAUAUCUGAAGAAGUACAUCACGCAUUAUCGACAUCUCAACCUGUAAUAGCAUUGGAAAGUGCAAUUAUAACACACGGUAUGCCUCAUCCAACUAAUCUCAAUACGGCAAGUUCAUUGGAAACUAUCAUACGAUCAAAAGGAGUUGCCCCAGCUACUAUAGCGUUGAUCAACGGAAAAAUACAUGUUGGAUUGACAGAAUCUGAUUUGAUUCAAUUAUCAGAUCCUGAUUCAAUGAUAUCAAAAGGUGCUGUAAAAAUUUCAAGAAGAGAUUUAGGUCCAUCAAUCGCAAUGAAGAAAACUGGUGGUACAACAGUAGCUGGGACGAUGUAUAUAGCAGAAAGUUUAGGUAUCAAAGUUUUCGUCACAGGUGGUAUUGGUGGUGUACACCGAGGAGCUGAAAAUAGUAUGGAUAUAUCAGCGGAUUUAUUGGAACUUGGUCGAACACCAAUGGCGGUUUUUUGUGCGGGUGCAAAAUCUAUUUUGGAUAUACCUAGAACAUUAGAAGUUUUGGAAACUCAAGGUGUCUGCGUAGCUUCUUAUGGAGAUAAUCAAGAUUUUCCUGCUUUCUAUACCCCUUCUUCUGGCUGUCAAAGUCCUUGGAGGGUGGGUGAUGCAGAUGCUGCUGCCAGGUUGAUAUAUACCCAGCUCACCCUUCCAUCGAAACUUGCCACUCUCAUCGGUGUGCCCAUCCCUUCCGAAUAUGCAGAUGCCGGAUUAGAGGUCCAAAGGUCGGUUGAGCAAGCUGUGCGUGAGAGUGUCGAGAAAGGUAUCGACAAGGCAGGGAAAGAAGUGACACCUUGGUUAUUGAAGAGAGUAGGGGAGUUGACUGGUGGUAAAGCUUUGGGACUGAACGUCAAUCUUAUCGAAAACAAUGCUCGUAUCGGAGCAGAUGUAGCUGUGAAACUCGCUGAAUUGUAUCGAUUAGAAUCGGAAUUUGGGAUAGGCCGUGAAAAACGAAAUGGAAGGGGAAAUGCAUUCAAUUACAUUUACUCUCCUCCCAGCUCGUCAGCCAAAAGACUAUCCCAAAAUAAUCCUAUUUCAUCGAGCACGACUGCAGUCCCUACCAGUUCCCCCAAAUCGACGAUUAGAUCCACUCCUUCAGGUGGGACAUUACCUCCUCCACAAGUCAUGGUAUUUGGAUCAGCAGCUAUAGAUCUGACUUCAACUUCACCUUCGAGAUUAGAACCUAGAACCACGACACCUGGAACAAUAUUCGUUUCUCCAGGAGGUGUAGGUCGGAAUAUUGCUGAAGCAGCUCAAAAUAUCUUACCUGAGAAUUCAGUUCAACUCGUAUCUCUCUUCGGUUCCACCGCCCCAAACGCUCACAAUCAUUCGGAUGGUGAGGAGAUAAACUUGGACAAACCAGACGCUUUUGGGAAAUUGUUAAUGCUCGAACUCGCAUCUGCAGGAUUAAGAAUCGAUGGAUUGAUUGGUCAGAUUGGCAAAGCAACAGCGGCAUGUAGUUUAACUUUGGAAAAGAAUGGUGAUCUAGUGGCCGGAGUAGCGGAUAUGUGUAUCGUAGAAACCAUGUCUCCUGAUGUGGUCGAACAAUCCAUCAAGAGACAAAAACCUGAAAUGGUAGUGUUCGAUUGUAAUAUUACUAGUAAAGUAAUCGAUGCGAUAUUGAAGACAUGUGGAGAAUUGAAUAUUCCGACAUUCUGUGAUCCAACUUCAUUACCUAAAAUACCACGAUUAACAACAUCCCUUCUUUCUCUUCUUCCUUCGUCACCUUCUGACCCCAGACCGCUCACUCAUCUCUCACCAAACGUACUUGAAUUGGACAACUUGUAUUCCCUAUUGACAUCAUCUCAUUCUGACGAAGUAGAAGAGAAAUCGUGGGAAUAUAUCAAUUCAUUGAAUUUGACAUCUAAUUGGAGGAACGCAGUAGAAAGAUUUACCAAUCAGAUCACUCCUCAAACUAAUUAUAAAGAUAAAGAAUGGAUUUCAAAUCAAGGUAUAAUAACCAAAAUGAUUGGUUGUUUACCUUUCAUUUCAUCAUUUUGGUUGAAAGCUUCAAAUCGUGGUUUACUCCACCUUCAUCUUACUUCAACUCCUCCCUCUCCCGUAUCGUCUUCUUCGACUGAGAUAGAAGCCAGAGGAAGGGAUUCGAUUUCUUAUAAACUCGAUGAUGGAGGUGUACACAAAGGCAAAUGGAUAGUUUUGACCCAUUAUCCUUCGCCGGAUAUCAAUCAAGAUGAAAUUGUGAGUACGACAGGAGCGGGAGAUACUUUAGUUGGAGGUAUAAUAGCCGGAUUGAUAAAUGCUCAACAAGAUGAACAAGCAUAUGUGGAAAAAGCUUUACAACGAGUGAAGAGAAGUCUGAUGAGUAGAAGAGCAGUUGGGUAA